CCAAGAUCUGAAUGGCAAAUUGUACCGUUGGUAGUCCGGGCAUUCCCAACGGUCAUAAAAUAUGAAAAUUCAAAUAUUUAUAUAGUUCAAUUAGCCAACGGUCAUCUCUGCGUUUCCAAGUUCAUCCAAAAAGUACUUCGCUCAAAUCUGCCUCCGAAACUUUUGACAGAAACACAGGAAAAUUUUCAGUUCUGAUCUGGGAAAAAGGUUUAAAGACGAAAUGAACGAAUUUCAUCACCGACUUUCAUCUUCACCGUCCAUCAAGCCCUCUACCAUUUCAAAAGAUACAGAUGAAAAUGAACCAAUCUAUCAGCAAACGAGUCCCAGUUUGCAGAACAUUACGAAACCAAUGCCAAAGAAUUACAUGUCUUCAACUAUUUCGGCAGCUUCUAAGGCAAAUGCUCCUAGAAAGAUCUUAGGCAACAGGAACGAGGCUACUGAACCCUGUUCGUUUGAGACUAAAUUCGAAAAGAUUUCAAUUCUUGAUCACUCUGACGAGUCUUUGUCUCAAUCGAAUGGUGGUGGUGAGGAGGAUGCUCAUGAAGUUGAUCUGCCUUCUCAGCCUUAUGAUCCUUUAACCAAUUAUCUUUCUCCGAGGCCUCAAUUUCUCCGCUACAAGCCUAAUAGGCGGCAUUGCCGUGUGAUCUAUCGUGGUGAAGAAAAUGAAGAUGGAGAGGCUAAAGAAGAGGGGUUAGUUAGUGGAAGUGGUUCUUUUGAUUCUCUGAAAGCCAGCCACGAGGAGGCAGCUUCCGACUCUGGUGGCAGUUCUUCUUCUUCAUCACCAUCUUCAAUAACUCAAGAGAAAGAAGAUGAAGAUGUUAACGAAGCUAAUGAUGAAAUCGAAGAAAGCGAUGAGGACGAAAUUGAGGAGGAAGAGGAAGAUAAAGGUUGCAACUUCAAAGGUCUUCUCAAAUCUUUUUUUCUGUUGGCUUUUUUAGUGCUCUCUAUCAUGUUUAUAUCUUCCAUGAAUUCUUCGACUCCGAUGUGUAGUUUGAGGUUUGAUGAGAACACUUUAGGUGGUUACUGCAACAUGCAGAAUCAUACAUUUUCACAAAAGGGGGGUCUGGAAGUAAAAUCGAAUGUUUUUGAUGGAGGGUUAGAGGAAGAAAACAUGGUUGAAGCUAUCUGGUUGAAGAAGCAUGAGAGUUCUGUUGAUUUCAUGUAUCAAGGAGAAGAAAUACAAAUGAAUGUAGAUGUUAAUGAAGAAAUUGAAGAAGAAAGUUUUGAAGAAAUUGAAAGUACUGAUGAGCUGAAAGAAGAUGAUGACGAUGCUGUGGAAGUUGCUGAAGGUGAAAAUAAGUCCAAAAUUGAAGAUGUUGGCCAAGUAGUUGAGCCACAAAUUGAAGAUGAGUUCUUUCAGGAUCUUCUUGAAACUGCUGAAGAUUACCAGGCACCAAUUUUCUCUGAAGAGCCAAAUGAAGUAACUUCAGUUGAAGAAAUUCACGAUGAGGAAGUAAGCCGAGAUGAGGAUGAAACUGAGUUAAACGAUGAGAAUCUGAAGCAAAUGGAAACUAAAUUCUCACUCGAAGUUCUUGUUGCGGGUUUGAUACUUUCAACGAUUAUUGCAGCUUUGUUUUUGAGGUUUCGUUUGAGAGCAAAGCCUUGCUCUGAACCUCUUCAAGUAAAGGAAGAAGAAAUCAUUACAGAUGAUUCUGAACCGCUACCCUCAAAGCCUUAUUUCGAAUCUUGGAAAAUAGAAAAAUGCACAGAAGGACUUCCCAGUACGAGAGAUGAACACAUUGAUGAAGUUGUCUCUCUUGGGAAGUAUUCUCAAUCCCACGCUCCAUCAGUUGAAUUUCUGGGCGAGUUUGUGAUUAGAGAGAUUAGGAACUCUGGUGUCAAAAACAGGAAAACAGAAGUUGAAGAAAGCAAUUUUUCAGUUUCUACAGAGAACCUCGAUGAUAAAUCUCAUUCAGUUUCUAUUCAACCCCAACCUGCUCACUCUGAGUUUUCUGUCAUGGAUGAUUCCCCUUCACAAGGAAGCUAUGCUGGGAAGAAGAACGAUGAUGGCGUGGAUGGAGAGUCAAAUAAUGUGAUGAUGACUCCAACACCAGCAAAGCGAUCAAGCAGAAAAGGAGAAGCUAAAGUAGUAACAGCAACUCCAGUUAGGCGAUCAAGCAGAAUCCGCACCCGGGCAGUUGUAUCUCCAUGAUAUAUCAUUGCCCAUUGUCUAAUUUUCUGACUUGCUCCAUUGAAAACAGCAGCCUUUGUUGUCUUAGUAUUAAUUAUUAUGACCUUAACCUUAGGAAUAGAAGAGCUCUUAAUCUGUAAGAACUAGUUGUAUCUUUCUUUUCCUUUACCAACCUUUAUAUGUUGCUUUUCAUGGCACUUUGUCACUCCAAUAUGAAGUUUAUCUCAUCUUUUGAGGCUGCAA